AUGGAUCAUAGAAUUACAAUUUUUGGAGUAUCAUUGCUAGUUGCUUUUCUAGUCUGUAGUGAGGCUCCAUUUGUUAAAAUGACAAAUUUCUUUUGUGAGUCGUACAACAAAUCGUGGGUUCUUAUUCAUUAUUGCCGCCUGAAGGCCUAUUCCCGAAACAAGACAAGCUUGCAUAUAAAUGCCACGUUUAUAGAGCCAGCAAAUAACAUAUUCGUUCAUAUGAAGAUGAUGAAGAAGGCCAGUGGAUAUAAACCGUUUUUAUUUGAUUAUACCUUCGAUGCCUGCGAGUUUAUGAGAAGACGGAACCAGCCCGUUGCCAAGAUCAUCUGGAAUUUGAUCAAGGAUGUAUCGACGGUGAACCACACCUGUCCUUAUGUGGGCUUACAAAUGGUUAGCGAUUUCCAUCGCAUUGAAGUUCCUGUAAGUCUACCAACUGGAGAGUACUUACUUUUAAUAGAUUGGAUAUUCGAUGGUAAACCGCAGUUUGCCACAAAUGUUUAUUUUACUUUUGUAGAGGAUUUAUUUCCGAAAAAACCAACUCACGGAUGA